AUGCAAGAGGAAAGUGCAGUGAUCGCGGACUUUACGUGUGCGGUGUGCGAUAAGGCGGAUUUGGUAGAUUCGUUAUUGCAGUGCGAUUUUUCCGAUAAAUGGUACCAUUACGAGUGUGCGCAUGUGGAUAAAACGAUAGAGACGAGGGCAUGGUGGUGUGCGGAGUGCGAAGUGAAGACCAAACUAGCGAGCGGCAAGAAAGACGACGAGAUAGCGCGCUUGAAGAGAGAGAUGGAGGCUCUUAAAGCCACGACGGAGAAAGCGUUAGCUUUGAUACGGGAGAAGGAUGCGGAAGUAGCUCGGCUCAGUAAGAGCAGCGAGCGAACCUCGUUUUCGCCCGGGGAAUCGCUUCCUUGCUCAACGGCUAAACGGAUUUCGGUCAACGAAGAAGGUGACCUGAGCCAAAGCCAAAUAGCAGCCCGUCAAGCAAUGCGCUAUGAACUCCCUUCAUUCAAUGGGAAUCCCGAGGAAUGGCCGAUAUUUCUGUCAACCUUUCGAAGAUCGUCUCGUACGUUUGGGUUUACCGAAGACGAAAAUAUCCUUCGAUUGCAAGGAGCGUUACGGGGAAAAGCACUACGAACGGUGCAAGGCCGUCUCCGGCACGCUGACAAUCUGGAGGAAAUAUUGAGCGCGCUUGAAAAAUCAUACGGGCGACCGGAUGUGUUAGUGAAUACGUUGCUCGAACAAAUUCGCGAAUCACCGCCGAUUAAGUCUGAGCGGCUCGAUAGUUUUAUCGAAUACGGCGAUUUAGUUGCUGAAAUAUGUUCAACUAUAAAGGCAAGCGGAACUUCUGACAGAUUGUACGAUGCAGCGCUGCUUCAAGAGCUGGUGGACCGUAUGCCGGCAUAUCUGCGCUGGAGCUGGGGCAUGCAUAGUCAGGAGCUAAAAAGUGUGACGAUGAGCGAGUUCGGUGCCUGGAUUCAGAAGGCGACGGAUGGAGCAAUGGCGGUAACUCCUCCGCAGCUGAAGAAGAAGACGACAACGCGACAAGUGCAUGCGCAACACGUGGAGACGCAUCAGCCCCAGCCCAAUAGGCAUCGAGAGUGCGCGUUGUGUAACAGUGAUACGUGCGGUACGAUCGCGGAGUGUCGGGUGUUUAACCGGUUAAGCGUUGCUGAUAGGUGGGACAAGGUGCGCACCUUGAAGUUAUGCAAACGAUGUUUGGGCAAGCACUACGGCCCGUGCUCGAAGCGUGACGACUGUGGUGUCCAAGGAUGCGUCGCUAAGCAUCACCGGAAGUUGCAUCGUGUCACCAGCGAGGAACGCGUGGAGAUAAAUCAUCAUGGAACGCGCUCCGAUGGUACAUUGCUGCGUUACGUGCCGGUAAAGCUGCACGGUGAGAGUGGUCCAAUUUACACGCAUGCGCUGUUAGACGAGGGGUCGACGGUGACGUUGAUGGAGCAGGAGCUCACCAGGCAACUUGGGGUUAGCGGCGUUCUUGACCCGUUGUGUUUGCAGUACAGUGCGGGAGAGCGACGCGAUGAACGUGAUUCGGAAAGGGUAGCGGUGCAAGUCUCCAGUGCUGAAGAAAAUGCAUCCGCAUUUUCGAUGGCCGACGUGCGUACAGUCAGCCGGUUAUCGCUCCCUAUCCAAUCGGUCGAUGUGAACGAGUUGAAGCGGAAAUAUAAGCAUUUGGAGGCGAUUCCAGCUGCCUCGUAUGAGGCUGUUUCUCCUCGUUUACUAAUCGGUAUCGACCAUUACAGAUUGACCAGACCUUUGAAAACUAUAGAAGGACAGCCAGGACAACCUACAGCUACGAAGACGCGUUUGGGAUGGCUCAUUUUUGGCAAAUGCACGGAUAACGCUAACGACACAUCCAUUGUGCAGCCGGAGUCUAGCUACCACGUAUGCGAUUGCCAAGGAGAGACCUCACGGGCAGAUCGUAUGAUGGCAGCGUACUUCGAAGUGGAAGGUUAUGGUCCUGCGAAGGAGCCUUUGUUGUCGAAGGAGGAUCAACGUGCGAUGUCGAUUCUGCAAAACAACACAAAACACGUCGACGGGCGGUACACCACGGGCUUACUCUGGCGGAGCGACAACGUUUUCAUGCCGGAAAACCGUCAAAUGGCUCUAUCUAGGAUGGAGUGUCUGGAGCGUAAGAUGAGCCGAGAUACGAGCCUUGCGGAGAAAAUUAACGCGAUACUAGAGGACUACUUGAAAAAGGGCUAUGCCAGACCGAUAAGAGAGGAUGAGCUGAAAACCUUCUACCCUAGGAAAUGGUAUCUUCCAGUGUUUCCAGUGACAAAUCCUAACAAGCCUAAUAAAAUUAGGUUAGUAUGGGAUGCGGCAGCUGAAGUUAGAGGUAUUUCGCUGAACAAGAAGCUGCUGACUGGCCCUGACCUGUUGACACCGCUGCAAGCCGUGCUAUUCCGUUUCCGUGAAUAUCGAGUCGCGGUGGCAGCUGACAUCCGGGAAAUGUACCACCAGGUACGCAUUUGCGAUGAUGACGUCCACAGUCAACGGUUCCUAUGGAGAUGA